AUGGUGAAUUGUGCUGCACUGACUCACAGGCAAGCGAUAGGGCCGGCUGAUAAGAUGUUACCUAUAACCUACUCAAACUCCUCCGCCGCCGUAGACGGAAUAUCGCCGUCGUCAUCGUCGGAUCAAUCACGCCGGAGCAAAAGCAGAUUCAUCAGUAAACCUUCAUGGCUCCUACUCUCGAUAUCUGAUAUGGAGGAUAAAAUACAAUCAAUCAACGGAGAAGACAAGCCAGACACCUUCGGUGAACGCGCCGAUUUCUACUACCGGAAACGCCCUGAACUUCUCUCCCUCCUCCACGACCUCUACAAUCGCUACCUUCACUUAGCCGAUCGCUACACCCGCACUCUCUCCAAACACCACCACCACCACCACCAUGAAUCACAACCACCUAGUCCGAUUUCAAUCCACACCACCACCGAUUUCUCCGACGACGCUCAAACAACCUCCAUCUCCUACCACCCCCCUGAAAAACAAGCUCCCUCAGAUCUCGUAAUAUCCGAACUCGUAAUCAAGUUUAUCGAAUACGAUUUCAUGGUGGACGAGUUAAAGGUGUCCGAUUCGAUUCAGGAAGAAUCGAGGAAGAAGAUCGAGUUACAGAAAAGUUUGUUAGAUGUUUUGGAAUCGGAGCGUGUAGUGUUGACAAACGAAAACUCUCGUCUCGCUUCGGAAUCUCUCUUCAUGAAACGUAAAGCAGGUGAGCUUGCUCGAUGUGUGUUGCUCGAACGAACCGAAGAUCAACGUGUGUUUAUUCUCAGCCGUAAGAUCGACGAUCUUCAAGGUCAGAUCUAUGAAUUGGAGAAACGAAACAAAGAGUAUUACGAGAAGUUAAUGAAACAAGGUAGCAAGGGAACUGAAGGAAAGAAGAGUAAUAUUAGUAUUAAUAUAAAGCGGUUGAUGGUGGGAGGUGGUGGUGGUGGUGGAGGAGGAGGUGGCGGUGGUGGGUGGAGUAGUAGUAGUGUGAGUUGGAGUGGUGGGGAAGAUGAGAUGGGUUGUUCGAUGAGUAGUACAAGUAAUAGUAGCACAUGUACAAGUCUGGCGCAGGUGAUGAAGGACAAGAAGGGUCCACGUGGCGGGGUGGGUGGGAAGAAGGUUAGUGGGUGGUGGGACCGGGUGAAGAAGUUUGAUAUGUUUAUGUGUGGGCCACAUCUUGAUGUUACUUGCUGA